CAGAGGAGGGGAAGAGAAUGCCUGGGAAGACAGGGAGUCGAUCUGGGCACGGUGGCCGGGGUGCCAGCUCCAACUCCGGGGUUCUGAUGGUCGGACCAAACUUCCGGGUCGGUAAGAAGAUCGGCUGCGGGAACUUCGGAGAGCUACGACUUGGAAAGAACCUGUACACCAAUGAAUACGUGGCUAUCAAACUGGAGCCUAUCAAGUCGCGGGCGCCACAGCUCCACCUAGAAUAUCGCUUCUACAAACAGCUGGGAAGUUCAGAGGGCGUACCACAGGUGUUUUACUUUGGACCGUGUGGUAAAUACAAUGCUAUGGUUCUGGAGCUGCUGGGACCUAGCUUAGAAGAUCUGUUUGACCUCUGUGACCGAACUUUCUCUCUAAAGACUGUACUCAUGAUAGCCAUACAACUGAUAACCCGUAUGGAGUUUGUCCACACCAGAAGCCUGAUCUAUCGAGACGUGAAGCCAGAGAACUUCUUGGUGGGCCGACCCGGCUCCAAACGGCAACACACCAUCCACAUCAUAGACUUUGGCCUAGCGAAAGAAUACAUAGACCCAGAGACCAAGAAACACAUCCCAUACAGAGAACACAAGAGUCUGACUGGGACUGCUAGAUAUAUGAGCAUCAACACACAUCUGGGGAAAGAGCAAAGCAGGCGGGAUGACCUGGAAGCUCUAGGCCACAUGUUCAUGUACUUCCUGCGAGGCAGCCUACCCUGGCAGGGACUCAAGGCUGACACUCUGAAAGAACGUUAUCAGAAGAUAGGAGACACGAAGAGAGACACACCAAUUGAGGUCCUCUGUGAAAACUUUCCAGAGAUGGCCACCUACCUGCGGUACGUGCGUCGGCUGGACUUCUUCGAGAAGCCUGACUACGACUAUCUGAGGAAACUCUUCACGGACCUCUUUGACAGAAACGGAUACAUCUUUGACUACCAAUAUGACUGGACUGGAAAGCCACUGCCCACUCCUAUUGGUCCAGUGGCCAGUGAGACUCCACUUCCAGCGAGCAACCGAGAGAAAGCACCCCAGACCAAAAACCAGUCUCCAGAGGGGAAAGGCAGUGAGUCGCAGCCCACUCCAGUGACCAAUCGAGAGCUGCUGGGCUCCCACCUCACUGCUGAUAGGCUGGGCGGGUCCGUCCAGGUGAUGAGUUCAACCAAUGGGGAGCUGAAUACAGACGACCCCACUGCAGGACACUCCAACGCACCAAUCACAGCCAAUGCAGAGGUGGAAGUGGCUGAUGAUACCAAGUGCUGCUGUUUCUUCAAGAGGAGGAAGAGGAAAGCGCUCCAGAGACACAAAUGAAAACGAGAGACGAGAGAGAAACCCUGGUCUCUGUGUUUUCUCUCUCCUUCUCUAGCCCUCUUCAUAUAGCCCUCCCUUUAUUCCUCCCUCAGUCUCCCUGUGACCCUCCUCCUCUGCUGUCCGAGGUCCCGUAGUUUACCUUGGGUCGGCUGGACUGGCUGGGCCACUGGGCAGCAGGAUAUGUUUGCUAAGCUGAUCUACUGGUUUCUACCGCUCUGGAAUGACCCGACAGACAGUAACAUGUUUGCUGUUCCACCUCGCAGCUUUAAUCGUGGACUAGCUGUGCCAACGGUGAAGUCUUCAUGUAUUUAUGGUCACAAACUGAACUGAAACUGGAUCAACACAGACUGCUAGACCGUGGCCGCAAACAGUCGAUAGACUGUAAAAGACAAGCUGACUUUUUACUGGCAGACUGGCUAGUUCUCUUUUGUGUUUUUAUUUUUAUUUUUUCUUCCUUACUGACUGGUUCAGAGGACAGAGAAGUGUAUCUCUGAGGAGAUACAGAAGAGAGGACAACAAAAGGACGGGAAGCAAUGAGACUGUUGGACCACACGUGCACAAAACAAAACACACACACACACACACACACACACACAUAUAUGUACAAACACGGUGCACACUUUCUCGAGCUCAUCAUAAAGACACUUCAUGGACAAACAGAUGCAGCUCUCGCACAUAGUCUAUAAAGUUUUUAUUCCCUAGGGUCAAAGGAAGUACAGUGCAACCGGCUUGGUCUAUUUCCUGCAACAGAUUGGGCUCGGUGUACUUCUCAGACACACUCACCCUAAGAGGAAAACCUCACAUCCACCAGAAUCCAAAGUU